AUGGCGAGACUGGUACAGGGGAAAGUGAGUCGUGAAGAUAUGGUAAUCAAUGUAGGCAGUGGACGAGGUGGCCUUGCUAGGGGAUGCAGUAUAGAUGAAGAUGAAGAUAGCUCAACUCAGAGUCAAGAUCAGGAGGGUCAGAGACCACCUCCUGGAGGAAUCCCACCUAGACCCCCUUCUGAGGUUGAAAAGCAAAAUAAUGGCACUCAGGAGAGACCACCCCUACCAGGAGGUCUCCCACCUAGACCCCCUUCGGAGAUCGAAAAGCAAAAUAAUGGGACUCAGGGGAGACCACGUCGACCAGGAGGACGCCCACCUACACCCUCUUUUGAGGAUGUAAACCUAAAGGAUGCACCUCAGCAAAGACCACCCAGACCAGAAGGCAAUCAAAAUGGUCCUCCCCCACCUCCUUCUGGAAGGCCCCAGAGACCACCACCCCCAGGUGGUAGACCACCAAAACCUCCAGAAGGCCAGCUACCCCAGUAA